GGUAAUUUUAAAAAGUUGGGGACUAUAGGUGAAAAAAGGUGAAACUACAGGGACUAUCCAGACAUUUUUUUCUUUAUAUAUAGUAUAUAUGUAAAUUUUAAACUUACCCAUUGUGAACUCCUUUACAAGCUUAACCCAAAUUAACCAAUUACUUUGUUUUUAGUACCCAAAUCAAAUUACAUAGUUGGCUCAAUAUUGUGAGGUCUAGUUUUGAUGUCUCUCUUGGUCAUCUUGGGCGAGUGAACGUAGAGCUCAUUUAAAAUGAUGUUAUUUAUGCACAUGCUUCUUCAGUUUUACCAAAUAAACGUUGGAAAAAUAUUUUAAGUUUUAUUUGUUUAUUUACUUUGAACAGCAACUUUUUACAUCAAUUCGUAUUUUAAUCUCAAAAAUAGCAAUACCUGAACUUCAAUGGUUUUUCCAUUUGAAAACAAACUAUUAACCCUAAUACGUGUAAUAAAUACAUGUCUCAAACCCGAUGUACAGACUCAUCUAAGAAAUUUGCCGUUAAAAAAAAACUAGUAAUUAUUUAUGUUUAUUGUUCUUCUACCAUAUUUAAAGGGGUGCUACUUUCUACACCCCCUCUAUUUACUUUUUUCACCCCCCUCCUCUCACAUACUUACAGGUGGGGCCUGCGUGGGACCGACAGUUUUCCUCUCACAAGGGGAGGUGUAAUUAGGAAGGAGGGGGGUGUGUAUAGAAUGGGCCUAUUUAAAGAUGCCAUAAUAGAUAGACAGAUAGUACAGGAUAUGAACGUCGGGUCAAUGGGGGUAAUUCUUUUUAAUUUUAUUAAAUAUAAAAAAAUCGGUCAAUGGUCUUUUGUUAUCCUAAAAUAAGAAAAAUAGUAUCUUGGUCUUUUUUUUAUUAAUAAAAAUUUGCUCUUACCUACUAUUAAUGAAAAAUAUAAAACAUCGGUCAUUGGUCUUUGUUAUCCUAAAACAGGAAAAAUCGUAUCUUGGUCUUUUUUUUUAUUUUGGUCUUUGGCUCCCUAGCGCCAGAAGCCAUCAUUAACUUCUUGACGAGGGUUCAACGGGUCAUCCACAGCAAUUGUUUGACCCCAAGGGGGCAGGGGUUUGUGUUCGGGAGGUUGGGGUUUGCAAUUCAGAAAGGGUUGGCGGCGCAGCUUGUUGCCCGUCUACCUUCUGUUUUGAUGUAACUUAACAAGUUUUCUGGUUAUAUCAAUUGUUUACCUACUUAAAAAAUAAUAAUAAUAAUAAUAAUAAUAAUAAUAAUAAUAAUAAUAAUACAUAAAAUUGCUCUUACCUACUAUUAAUGAAAAAAAAUAAUAAUAAUAAAGAUGACUUAUGAAAUAAAAAUAGUAGAAUAUGCUGACUUUUCGACUAUAUAUGCUGACCUGCACCUCGAUUUCUGUCACACAAAUCUCAAGUCGAUCCAUUGAGGUGCCAAAGGCCUAAAACAACAAGGAUCACGUUAAGUUACAUAUCCCAAGAUGCCAAAAAAUGUUAAAACAACUCCCAUAGGCAUUGAUCUUGGAACAACAUACUCGUGUGUUGCGGUCUGGUUUGAUCAACAUAACCGUGUUGAGGUCCUUCCUAAUGAACAGGGUAAUACCAUUACUCCAUCAUGUGUGGCUUGCAACGACACCCAACUUUUAGUAGGUGAAGGUGCCAAAAAUCAAAUCACUAGGAACCCCACUAACACCGUUCACAGUGUCAAGCGUUUAAUGGGUAGCAGAUUCAGCGAUAUCAGAUUCCAGAAAGACAUACAAUCAUUUCCCUUUAAGGUAAUCGAAGGAUCUUCUGAAAAGGCAACAAUUGUACUUGAGCAUAAAGGUGCAAACAAGGAAUUUUCACCUGAAGAAAUAUCUUCUAUGAUUCUAAAGAACCUAAAAGCGGCUGCAGAGACAUACCUCGGAACAAUAGUUACAGAUGCAGUGAUUACCGUACCUGCAUAUUUCAGUGACAAGCAACGACAGGCAACAAAGGAUGCUGGUGCACUGGCUGGCCUUAAUAUAAUGCGCCUAAUCAGCGAACCCACAUCAGCUGCAAUUGCCUAUGGUCUAGAUAAGAUUGCUGACCCAAAUCACCCAAAAGAGAAAAAUGUGUUCGUCUUUGAUUUGGGUGGGGGAACAUUUGAUGUGUCACUUCUUACCAUCAGUAGGGAAGGAAAGAUAAGCGUUAAAGCUGUUGGGGGUGACACUCAUUUGGGGGGAGAAGAUUUUGACAGGGCAACGGUUGAUCAUUGUGUACAAGAAUUUAAGAAAAGACAAAAGAAAGAUGUCCAUUUAUCUGCAAAAGCGAUGGGGAGGUUGAAAGUUGCAUGUGAGAAAGCAAAGAGAGAUUUGUCCUCAACAACUCAAACUUCUAUUGACAUCGAUGCCCUCCAUGACGGAACUGACUUCUCAAUGAAGCUCACCCGGGCAAAAUUUGAGGCGUUAAAUGCUAGUUUUUUUGAAAAGUGUAUUCAACAUGUGGAAGAUUGUUUAAGAGAUGGGAAUAUGCACAAAAAAAAUGUCGAUGAUAUCGUCCUUGUUGGUGGGUCGACUAGGAUUCCUAAGGUGCAACAAAUGCUGGGGGAAUAUUUUGACGGGAAACCACUUUCCAAGACCAUUAAUGUUGAUGAAGCUGUCGCUUAUGGUGCAGCAGUGUUGGCUGCAAACUUAAGUGGUAAGGGAAAUCAAGCUCUAAAGAAUAUGACACUUUUAGAUGUGACCCCUUUGUCCCUUGGUAUUGAAAUCAGUGACGGAGAUAUGAGUGUAAUAAUCCCAAGGAACACACCAAUACCCACCAAGAAGGAAAAUAUUUAUCAGACACGGUUCGACAAUCAAACAUCACUCGCAGUGCCUGUGUAUCAGGGUGAGUGUGCUGAAACGAAAGACAACAUCUUGCUUGAUAAAUUCACUCUUUAUGGCGUUCCACCAGGUCCUAAAGGUAAAGAAAAAAUGAAGGUUUACUUUAGUAUAGAUGCCAAUGGUAUUCUUGAUGUCACAGCUGAGUUGGUAUCUAAUGGUAAUAAAAGAAGUAUAGUAAUUGCUGGGAGUGCAAAUGUGUCCAAGGAUGACAUCGAGAAGAUGCUAAAAAAGGUUGAGUUAUGAAUUCAUAUUUUUCUUUUCUGAAAGUUUGUAUUGUUUGUUAUCAACUUCAAAUUUUAAUGUAUGUUGCUUUAUUUUAUGGGUAUUAAAUAAUGGUUUAUUUGAGAUUCA